AUGCCACAAUUAGAUAGUUUAAUUUUUUUUAAUGAAAUGUAUCAUUUAAUAGUAGGAUUUGGAUUAUUCUACGUAUUAUUUUUAAGAUACAUUAUUACCAAAUUAGCAUAUAUAUUAAAAACAAGAGAAAAAUUUUUAAAUAAAAAGUUUUCUCAAAUGAUAAAUAAAGGAAUAUUUUUAGAGGAGUUAAAUAAAAUGAAAAAACUUUAUUUAAAUGUAAAUUAUUCCUCAAAAUUAAUAAAUCAUACAACUGGAAAUAUCAAAAAAGAAAUAGGAAAAGUAAUAAAAAACAGUAUAGAUGAAACUUUAAAAGCGCGUUCUGCAGAAUAUUUAGUUUUAUUUGAAAAAAUUAGUAAUUUAAAUAUUAAAUUAUUACAAAAUUUAAAAAAUAUGAUUGUCUAUUUAAUUCAAGCACAGGAAAUGAUUAAAAGAAAAUUACUAAUGGGAUUAAAAAGAAGUCAAAUCUGGACUAAAUUAUUAAAAAAUGAUUUAAAAUUAAAAUUAAAAAAAUAUAACCUCAUAAUAUGA